CGGGUCUCUCUCGAAGUGAAGACGUCAAAAGUGUUCGCAGCUCGCUCGAAAAUUGCACAUACACGACGACGACUACAGUGUCCAUUCAGAAAACGGAAAAUUGGAAUUGGAGCCCCGUUCCUUUUCUCUAUCGCUAUGUCGAUCCUCGGCCCGUGCGGAUAGUGCUUCAAUAAAACAUCAUACGUAUCAUCCUUCGGUACCAAUUUUGGAUUCUGUCGGAAAGAUUUUAUUUUGUCAACUCCGGAACAUGUCGAUGGAAGUGUGCUAGAAAACGUAGUUUCAUGUGUCAGACAAGGAUGCAAUAUACGACUGAGUGCGUGGAUGAGUGUGAAAAAAGUGUCAAGUAAAGAAAAAAAAAGUUGAGUCUGCCUGGCAGUAGAAUUGUGUAUGUGUGCACAUACGUUUUUGAUUAAUCAAAACCAAUAAUAUUUGUGAAAUUCCUGUUCAAAUGCAAAAAAGUGAUCACCGCUUGCGCUCCGAUGAUUUCUGGCUAACUAAACGAGGUUGAUUAGAUAAGGUGUUCAGUUGUGGUGAGAUUUUUCUUUCCCGGAAGAAGGUCACUGCGAAAUUCCAAGCAGGACGGUUCAUUUAUCUGGUACGGAGCUGGAGUCGAACGGAGAUAAAAUUUUGCAUCAUCAGCUCCAGCAGCCAGCGGACGGUGGUGUUGGCGGAGGUAGCAGUGGCAGUGGCAUUAGCAGCAACAGGAGGGAAGUCCGCAAGACGAAACCAGGUGUUUCCUGAAAAAUGCCCCCACCGCCACCACCUCCAGGGCCACCGCCGCCUCCGGGGCCACCUCCCCCGCCAGUGAUGAAAGUAGGUGGCGGGAUGCCGUCAGCUGAUGGACGAAACGCGCUGCUGCAGUCCAUCCAGAAGGGUACCAAACUGAAGAAAACGGUCACAGUGGACAAAAGUGCACCGAUGAUCCAGGGUAAAGCGGCUCCGGUGGUGAAUAAUCAUCGUGGACCUGCACCACCCGCCACUGAUACCAACGGUGCGGCAGGAGGAGGCCCUAAAUUGGGCGGUAUCUUCGAAGGUCUUUCAUCGAUGCCGAAACUCAAACCGGUCGGCAGUAGAGGAGCACAAUCAUCGGCAGGAACAACUAGCAAUAAGUCACCAUCACCAGAGAACACGAUUAAAAGCAACAAUCGGAUAGGUGGGGGAAUGGGCGGAGGUGGAGCAGUUGACUUUGCCGAUGAGCUGGCGGCCAAACUGACGCUCAAGAAACAGAAACACACUAGCAAUAAUGUCAACAGUAGUAGCAACAAUGCCAUCAACAGCAACAACAAUAACAAUCAUCAUGUGCCGGUUACGGAAAACAAUCUGCGAACGAAUAGAGGACCUCCACCGCAACCCCCGGUGCAGCUGAAGAACGCAAAUGAUUCACUGACACCUCAGGGGAAAUCGAGUUAUUCCAGUCAAAAAAGCCAAGCGCCAGCGACACCGAGUCCUUCACCGGCGUCACCCUCGAAUGGAACGACUCCAGCAUCGGUCACUAGUCCUGCCGGAAGCAACAACCAUUUGCAGCCGAACAAAUCGAGCCUCUUCAGCGGUGGCGGUAGCAAUGUCAGCAGCAGCAGUGCGAACUCAUCCGCUUCGGGAAGUCCGGUGCCGCCGGUGUUAGCUCAGACGACCACCGUCAAGCCAGUACCGAACCAUGGUAAACCAAAUCUGGCCCCGAAACCACCGGGAAUGCAACUUAAUACCAGUGGUAAUGGUAAUGGCACCAAUCGUAACAUGGUCGGUAGGCACCACAGCAUGCGGAGUCCCAGAUCACCACCAGUUGCACCAAGCGGUCCCAGCUAUCCGAACCAUUUCGGAACAUUACGAGGUCCCCCUUCAAGUUUUCAAUCUUCAGAGUCCAUUUUGAGGCAAAAUAAUCUGAUUGGACGACCAGCGGCGCCACCUCCCAAACCACCGGUGAUGAAACCUCCGCCGCCGCCACCGGUUCGAAGCGUGUCGAACACAAAUCUGACGCAUUUACCAAUGAGUUUGGCCCCCGAAGCACCCGAACCAAAUUUCGGGUCUGCGAAUAACGUGGCCAGUGCCGUCGCCGACGAGCUCAAAUCGAAGCUAGUCAAUAGCGGAUCGGCGAAUAAUGUCGCAACGCUCACCGCUUCUACCACAUCUUCUAAUUCGAUCAUUUCUACCAGCCAACUCAGUAUUGCCAGCACCAAAACUCUCAGCAGUGGCAGCAUGAAAACCACGGCACCGCCGUUGCCACCACAUCGAACCUGUCCGGCACCUCCACCACCUCAUCUCAACACCAGCACCAACAGUAAUAGCGGUAGCAGCGAAGCUCCACCCCAGCCACCGCAACGAAUUUCCUCCAUUCGACAACAACAGCUUCAGCAACAGCAGCAGCAACAACAGCUACUCGCCAACGCCAACAGUUCUAGCAAUAUCAUCAACAGCAGUAGUAGUCCACAGAGCUCAAAUUUGCAACGAAAGGAAACCAUGCUGGGAGGCACGAAUGCUGCUGGAACUACCGGCACCGAACGACGCAAGAUGGUUCCACUGCAGGAGAUCGAUCUAGAGGCUAAAUACUCGUUCUAUUUCCGUAAGGUAACCGAGUUUUCGGCUCCGAUUCCGUUUCUCAAUGUGGCCAAAACCUACCCGAGUACGAUGCGACAGCAACAGCAGCAGCAUCAACAACAGCAUCAUUAGAAGAUGGGACGGGAAGUAUCCAGUUUAGUUUUCCGAUCUGGAUGUAUGUGGGAUGGCUCUUCGGACGGUAGGAACCAGUAUCAAUCCAACCUCUGCAUUUUCCGUAGGCACAUUAGCAAUGUAGGUACCAUUCAACAAACAUAAUAAUCAGUUGGGCCUAGCAGAGCAAAUAUCGGAAGCAUAUUCAAUCGUGUUUUAUGCUACGGCGAUGAUCAUAUCAAAAUAUACAAUAUUAGUAACAAGUGAAAAAGUUGAAGGAAGAACAGCAACAACAGUUUUGUGUCUAGCAACAAUGAAAUUCCCGAACAUUGUCUCUAAAACUCCACAGUUGAUCAAACAAUUGUAAAUAGAAGCUGUUUAGAAUACCAACCAACUUAUGAAAAGGGUGUUGACUUUUGACUGUGUAGAAGAAAUCAAUCGAGAAAAAAUAUUUAAGGAGAGUCUGUUUUCUCCGUUGUAGGCAAAACGAAUCCAAAAAGUGCAUGAAUUAGAUUUAAUAAAGGCAACAAACAAUAACUACACAAUUUAGGAAGUUGUAUUGAUGAACUAACAUGCAAAUAAUGUUGACUAAAUUCUUUCAAAGUGAGAGUAAACAAAGCAAAUCGCAACGCGAGGGAAAGUCUUUAAAAAUCGUUACUCGUAAAAGAAAACUCUUUAAUUAUUUUAUUGUUAUUUUGUACAUAUAAUGCAUAUUUAAUCCAUCUAAUAAUUACAGAAUCAGAAA